AUGAAUUACGAACUCACUCAAAAUUUAUCUAAAGAUACAUCAAAUCUAGUUAAAGAUACCAGUGUUCAUGAUUCAAAUUAUUUUAAAAAAGCAUUUUCUGAACAAUGGGCAAGGAAAGAAGAAGAAUUUUUUAUUUCCAAUCAACCUAAUAUCUCUCCUACAGUGUUUGAAGUUCUUAUAAAGUUAAUUGUAUUGAAUAUCUUAGCGACCUAG